AUGGACAGAAACAGGUGGUUGUUAAUCACUGUUGGAGUUUUGUUUCACUUUUUUUACUUAUGGUCAAUCUUUGAUAUCUACUUUGUGCUGCCGUUGGUGCACGGAAUGGACCACCACGUCUCUACUUAUGAUCCACCAGCUAAACGACUAUUUCUUAUUGUUGGAGACGGUUUAAGGGCUGAUAAGACUUUCCAGGAAUUGAGGCACCCUAGAACUGGAGAAACCAAGUAUUUGGCACCAUAUUUGAGAAGUUUGGCAUUGAACAAUGGGACUUGGGGCAUUUCAAAGACACGUAUGCCAACAGAAUCUCGCCCAGGUCACGUUGCCAUGAUUGCUGGUUUUUACGAAGACGUCUCCGCGGUAACUAAAGGAUGGAAAGAGAACCCUGUGAACUUCGAUUCAUUCUUUAAUCAAUCUAAGCACACUUAUUCCUUUGGAAGUCCCGACAUUUUGCCAAUGUUUGCGUAUGGAGAUGGCGUUGUUCCAGGGCGGAUAGAUGUUUGUAUGUAUGGUCACGAGUUUGAAGAUUUCACACAGAGCUCGAUUGAACUUGAUUCAUUUGUAUUUAAGCAUUUCGAUGAUUUGUUGCAAAAUUCAACUACAAAUGCAACUCUACACGAUGAAUUGCACCAAGAUGGGAAUGUCUUUUUCUUGCAUUUACUUGGUCCUGAUACCGCGGGUCAUGCUUAUCGUCCAUACUCAGCAGAAUACUAUGAGAACAUUGAGUACAUUGAUACCAUGUUGGAGAAAGUUGUUCCACAAAUAAAUGAGUUUUUUGGUGAUGACCGCACUGCAUUCGUAUUUACAGCUGACCAUGGAAUGUCCGAUUUUGGGUCACAUGGAGAUGGACACCCAGAUAAUACCAGAACUCCCUUGAUUGCUUGGGGUGCUGGAAUCAAGAAGCCUGUUCAUUUGAAUGGCUUAAAGAAUGUUGAGGAACAAUUGCGUCGUCAAGAUCCAGUAAACAGUGGAUUUGAAGAGACUUAUUUUGAUACCUGGAGAUUAAACCAUUUGGUAAGAAAUGAUGUUAACCAAGCCGAUAUUGCAUCGCUUAUGGCGUAUUUGAUUGGUGCAAACUAUCCUGCAAACUCUGUUGGAGAAUUGCCCCUCGGGUACGUUGAUGCAGAUGCCAAAACUAAAUCUUUAGCUCUUUAUGCCAAUGCAUUGGCUAUUGUUGAGCAAUACAUUGUUAAGGAGCGUGAGGUUCGCGAACAUCAAUACAAUUUUAAAGGUUUUGAGCCAUUUGAGGAAAAAACAAUUCAGGAAUACCAAAAGGAAAUUGAAAGCUUGAUUGAACUUUUACUGAGCAAUGGUGCAAAUGCGAAUAAAAGAGGAGGAGAAGGAGGAGAAGAAGAAGAAGAAGAACAAGGUAAAGGUGAAUACGAAGAACUUGAAAAACUAACAAUUGAAACGAUCGAGGAAUUGAUGAAAAAAGCGCUUCUUGGUCUCAAUUACCUAACCACAUACAACUGGGCGCUACUCAAGACCAUUGUAACAUUUGGAUUUGUUGGAUGGAUCAUUUUCUCAUUUAUGUUGUUUUUAAAAUUAUUUAUUUUAGACCAGCAUUUGCAAAUUGAAGGUAAAAAGAGUAAAAAAAUUGGGAACGAAAAGGAAGAGAAAGAGAGAAGAACUGAAAUUAAAGAAAAUAAAGAAACUAAAGAAACUAAUAGUUAUAAUAAGACCAGAAGAAUGGACAACCCAGUGCCCUUGAUGGGAUUCUUUAUCGUACUUGGGACUUCAAUGGCUUACUUGUUAUUCUAUCAAGAUUCUCCAAUCAACUACUAUUUUUACACUAUUUUCCCAUUAUAUUUCUGGUACACAAUAAUUAAUGAACGUCGAGUUCUCUACCAAGGUAUCAACGAGAUGUUUCAUGGUGUGUCUUUAUCAACCAAAUUUAUGAUCUUUACCUGUUUCAUUGGCAUGUAUGAAGGUAUCACAUACGGAUUUUUUGAGCGUGUGAUGUUUUCAAUCAUCUUUUGUAUCAUUGGCAUAUACCCAGUAUUUGUUCUGAAAUCGGAAAAAAUAUCAGGCUUGAUGAAGUCUCUUUGGUUUUUGACGUGCUUAUUUAUGUGCACAUUCACCAAUCUUGACCCUGUUAAAGUGGAAAACUUAUUAUUGAUUGACUUGGGUGGUAUUAUCUCACUCGGUAUUGCAAUUUUGGGAUUCAAAUCGAUCUUGCGAAAAAUCUACUUAAAUUCGCAGCAAAAAGCUUUGAUCUUGGGCCAAAUUAUUGCUAUUCCAAUCAUGUUAUACGCCACAAACGUCUCGGUUUCAUCUUUACAAGCCAGGAACGGAUUGCCAUUGCACUCGCAAAUAAUAGGAUGGAUUACAUUUAUUUCAACCUUGGUAAUACUCCCACUCUUACACCUGCGUUUCCCUUCAAAGAACUAUAGAGUUAGAAUGUUGAUAAUAUUCCUCACAUUUGUUCCAACAUUUAUCAUUUUCACCAUAUCCUUCGAACUCUUGUUUUACGUUGGGUUCUCGUUGACCUUGCUUCAGUGGCUCACAAUUGAAGAGUUGCUCAAAAUCCCUCAUAAAGAAUUGGUCUUGGCACGCGAACAAACAGGAUCGUUACCAAAAGGAUACUGGCUUCAAAUUAUACGGAUAGCCAUUAUUGGUUUUUUCUUUCUCCAGGUUGCAUUUUUUGGUACAGGAAACAUUGCCUCAAUCUCGACGUUCUCUUUAGACUCGGUUUACAGGUUGAUCCCGAUAUUUGAUCCAUUUGCGAUGGGGGCAUUGCUAAUGAUCAAGCUUUUGGUUCCGUAUGCUUUGCUCUCUACAUGUUUGGGCGUCAUGAACCACCAAUUGGAAAUUAAAAAGUUUACAAUCUCAACUUUGAUUAUCUCCACGAGCGACUUUUUGUCGUUGAAUUUCUUUUUCUUGGUGAGGACGGAAGGUUCUUGGUUAGACAUUGGAGUUUCAAUCUCAAACUACUGCUUGGCUAUGCUUUCCUCGCUAUUUAUGUUGGUAUUAGAGUUUAUUAGUUCGGCAUUAUUAAGCGGAGUUGAAUACGAGACUGAUUCAACCAAUAUGUUGAAUUACGAACCCAUCAGUGCCCGUAUAAGAAAUAAGAAAUAA